UGACUUCGUUCUCCUCUCUUAUUGCAAGCUGCUAAUAUUAUUUCAAUCUUCUUUCGUCACUGGUGUGUGUCCACUCUAGUAGAUCACUCCUGCACCCUUUAGUUACUAUGAAUUAGGGGGAGGCAAAUUAAAGGUAAUAGCUGGAGUGCUGCAGGCCAGGUAGGAGCUUUGGUCUGUGCACAGCCAUGACGGACUCCAACAAGAUGAUCAUCGACUUGGCCCUCUUUGGCAUGACUCAGAGUGAGAAAAGUUCUGCUGGAAACAUUCUUCUGGAAAGUAGUGACUUCCACAGCAGCUUGGCUCCAUGUUCUGUGACCCAAGCUUGUAGUCUGGGCCACAGCUGUCACCUCCAUGGCUUCAUGCGUCAUGGGGGACAAGAGAUAACCCUGCAGGUCCGGGUGCUGGGCACUCCAGGUCAUUCGCACAGUGAGCUGAACAAGAAGCACGUGAAACAGGAGGUCCAAGAGGCCCUGGAACAGCACUUUGGGCAAGAGGGUCUCCACCUUGUACUGCUGGUCCAGAGAGCAGACGUGCCUCUCUGUGGACAGGAGGCACCUUCCCCGGUACAGAUGAUCCAGAAACUUCUGGGACAUGCUUGGAAAAAUCAUACUGCCAUUCUUUUCACCCAUGCAGAAAAAUAGAAGAGUCUGGGUUAGGAUAGUGGAUACUUACAGGAGGCCUCCGAUGCACUGCGAACCCUACUGACUUCUAUUCACAGAUACAUUUUCCAGUAUAAACAAGGGAACUCACUCAAUGAACAAAGAAUAAAAGUCCUAGAGAAAGUCAUGGAAUUUAUAAGAGAAAAUUGUUACCAAGUUCUUACCUUUAAAUAA